ACUUGUUAAAAAAGAGCAGGGCUUCCGAUCGCUUCGCUCAGACCUGAUUCAGUCAUGGCGAAGUGUACAGUCAAGAUAAUAUUCUGUGUCUUAUCAGUGACGUGGAUUAUCUCGUACGCGGACGAUCGUAUCCACUUCAACGAAGAGGACGAGAGGCGUUGGAACACGCCGCCGGAAUUGACGCCAGAGCCGGCUGGGAAAGGCCGCCUUAAGGAUUCGUCGCCACAGGCCAGAUUUCUUCCAUUUUCAGCGACAUUUUCAUUGAGCGCUGGCGACAGGAAUUCGCACUCUUUGACUCUCGGUGGGAAUCGCGAUGGUCUAAGUCUGUCGCAGAGUGCGAGUCAGGCCGAAGGAUCCCUUGUAAACGGAGGAUCGGCUCUUUCAGCUAGUCAAUCCGCUUCGUUUUCUGCGGGACUUUCUGGAAUUUCCGCUGCGGAUUCUAAUGCGUUCAAUUUGAAUCACCCGUUAUUCGGGGGUACUUCCGAGGCCAAUAGCAAUUCGUUCAGUAUUGGAGAUGCGAAUGCUUCGUCUCAUGGAAAAGUUGAAAAUGGACAGGCUGUAAGUGGUGCGCAGUCUAGCGUUGGAAAUUCUGCAUCUGGCGCAGCAUCCGGUGCUCAAUCUGCUGCAGGAAAUGGGCAAGCGUCAUCCGGUGCGGAAUCGACGGCUUUUCAAAACGCUGGACAUGGACAAGGUAGACCAACAUGGACCAAUAUUGGUCCCAAUUACGAGGUCCAUGAUUUUGGUCAUCAUCGAAGACCAUCAUCGGUGCCAUCGAAUAACCCGACAUUCGUCACUGGUCAGCGGCCACAGAAAUGGGUGGCGAAUAAUCACAGAGGACCAAUUCGACUUGAAGUCGAGCCAAAUGGUAGAUGGGAAAACCGUAGGCCAGAGAUUCACGUCCUAAAUCACGGACAGCGUGGACCACGACCAGGGAGACCAGUCUGGCCGGUGAGAAAUUGCGGAAAUUCAGAAUCACGUCGACAGGCUUCAAAUUCGAAAUUUGGAAAUUACUACGAUUCAAAUUCCGCUUGCGGAAAUAAUUUGGCCAACGAGAGACCCGAAGUACAGAUCUCGGCAGCAUCCGCGAGUUCCGGUGCGUCGUCAAUGGGAAAUGGAUUUUCUUUUAGUCAAUCGUCGUCCCAAAGUCAAAAUGGACCUAACGGCCCAUUUUCAUCAACCUCGAAUCAAGUCCAGACAUCGGGAAAUGCCCAAGGAUUCUCACAGGGUGCCUCGGCAGCACUUGGGCAAAACGCCAAUGGACAAACUGAUGCAAGUUUCAGUUCCAGUGCAAUUUCCGGAAGCUCCCAAGGAAACGGACAAUCUGUGGGCAGUGCAGCUUCCGGUAAUAGGGGAGAAAGUUCGAGAGGACAAGUUAACAAUCAGGCCAGUGGAAUUGGAAUGGUCCACGGUACUGCAAAUGCAGGUUCCGUUUCUUUCGUCAGAUUUCCUGCUGAGAGGAAUCAAGAUAUUCCAAGAGAGUUUGUCAGGAGCCAGCCGGCAAGGGACAACCAAGAGAACAGAGCAAAGAAGAAGAACAGAAAUCCAAUUGAUACUAUUAUCACGGAAAUUAGCGAUUCCGUGGCUGAACUUUUUGAUAUUUAAUUAAUUUAUUAUUUAUCUAUAUUCAAGAUUAUUCAUUUUUAUAGCUGACUUUUUUAAAUGUUCUAAAAAUAUUUAUGCUAAUCAGACGAACGUACAGCAGUCAUCCAAGUUAUUUAAUAUGAAGAUCGUUCCGAAAAGUUCAAGAAGUCGUGAGAAUUUGCGAGUCUGCCGACUCGCAAAAUCAAGAUGAGUGAUUUGCACCUUGAAGAAAUAAAAGACGUUAGCCAAUUAAAAAACCUCGGUAAUUACAAACAAGUUACGUAAUAUCAUUUUAAUUGUACCGACCGUCCUAUUGGCAGUGAAUGGUCUUCUAAGAAAUUAGCUUCUAGGUAAAUUAGUGUUCACGGUGAAGUGAUGAAUGAACGCCAGUGUUUAUUAUAAUUAUUAAUACACGCAGGAAAGAAUGAGAGAAAAAUAGGAGAACUUGAUUUUGCGAAUAAGAACGAAAUUAAAACUUUUCUCUCGGACUGUUUGUGUAAUAUUAAGUCAUGUAUAUUUCAAUAACAUAUAUGCAAUACGCUGGCGCGACGAAGUCGACAUAAGACCGGCCAAGUAAAUCCGGAUAAGUAGGUGAAGGUUGAGUAAGGUGAAGGUUAAAACGUAGGCUGAAUCCCAUUGUUGAAUCCACAGUGACAUCUAGGAGAAGCUAUGGUAAUAAGGUGACUGGUCAAAUCUUCUUUACCGACACGUUCGAUCGAACCGUUCACUGAAGAGGCUGGACAUCUUAUGGGAUAUGGUGUCACGCGAGCGAGGGUUUCAAGACCCUUACAGAUGGGCUUUAGCCAUUAAAAUGUUAUAUAUAGAUAUACAUUUUAAAUAUCAGAAUCGCGCGGCACAAAAUAUACGGGCAUGUCUCCCCUAUUCAUACUCAGUCAACGAACUCAUCGACUGCUCUCUUAUCGAGCAUCGGUAAUAAACCUGCACUCGAUCGAUGCACUGGAUGCACCGGUGCAUCGCUGGACUGCAUUCUUUUUGA